CGCAGGGGGAGGAGGGCACAGCUCCUUCUAUUUUUCUUUCCAGACGGCCGCAGAUGAGCACAAAAACAAACUUGCGGCAGACGAGCUUUGGGCCAACACUUUGCGCUUACGUCCUUUGUCUCACACGGAGGAACCGAAGACGUGGAGUUGAGGAGAUUUCCUCUUCUCCAUUUUGCCAUUGUUUAGGAAAAUAGGGAAGGGCUCUGCCAAGAAAGAAAGAAAAAAGAAAAAAGAGCGUUUGGAAGUUACGCGUCAGUGAGUGCGCACUUUACGCACGAUGAAAGUUUGAGAUGCGGUAUCACGUCUGCUGUGUUUCAGUCUCUGGUUUUAUUUCCUUUGUUGGUGUCAGCUUCUCAGGACUCGCCGUGAUCAUGUGUCGUGGCUGAAAAAACUUUAAAGCACACUCAGUACCAGAGGAGGAAAACAGCCGGAGACAGCAUGGGGGCCAAGCAGAGCAGCCCGGGGUUCGACGGCAGGACUCGGGCUUAUUCCAGCUCCGACCUCCCGUCUGGAAACUCCGCGGCCGGGGACAGGAUUGCGGGGUUUAGGUACACCAAUGGUCCCGAUGGCCCCCGGAUCCGGUACACUGGCGGAGGGCCAACCAGCUCCGGGCUCAGCAUACCGGCCGGCGGCAUGUCGGGCUCACAUGGACUCAAUCAGAGCCUGGACGGCACAGAUGGUGGAGAGGAGGUCGAGCUGCCCCCCGAGGGCCACAGACUGCUCAUAGGGUCUCUACCUGCUCACCUGUCCCCCCGCCUGCUGGGAGGCUUCCACUGUCCUGUGUGCUCCAAGUUUAUGGCGGCGGAUGAAAUAGAGAAGCACCUGCUCGUGUGUUUCAGCAAAACACGCCUCACCUACAACAAGGACAUCUUGUCCAGAGACUCCGGAGAGUGCACCAUCUGUCUAGAGGAGCUGGAGCAGGGCGACACCAUCGCCAGGCUGCCUUGCCUUUGUAUCUACCACAAAGGGUGCAUAGACGAGUGGUUCGAGGUGAAUCGAUCGUGUCCGGAGCAUCCAGCUGAGUAGGAGCUGCGAGUCGGAGCCUGCAGUUCCUCGCUGUGGUCGCCCGCGCGCUGUGACCUCCCUUCAACGCUCCUCAGGGAUUGUCAGACAUUCACGGUGUGCAUAAUCUUUCAUAUUGCCUCACGGACAUCGGACGUGCUUCUCUCGAUGUUUUUGGGAUGUUCAAAGAACCACUGGUGGAGUCAAGUCUGUCUCCAGGAAAAAAAAAUAAAGACAAACUGUGAAUGAUAUUCAAGCCACCUGCUGGCCCGAAGCGGGUUUGUUCACCUGAAAUGUGAACCGAACUGUCUGUGCUAAACCGGGCGUGGUUUCAUGGUGGAAGAGCCGAGGUAUCGUCCCGAGAUUAGAAGGCUGAUGUUGUGCAAUAUGAAAAACAGCCAUAAAGAAUUAAAAAAAAAAAAAAUGCUUUUAUCAGCUUUAAGGGGUGAUUGCAGUGUUGAAGAUCUAGAUUUUCAUUUUUUUGCAAAGUCGGCUAUCAAUAUUGUUUGUCAAGCAAUCAUGUCCAAGACAAAAAAACAGAUGAAAUAGUUGGCCUCUGGUAAUCACUCGGCCCGCUCGAACCACAGUAAAUGUGAUUGUGUAGUUUAGUGGUGGAAUUAAAGAUAGGUUAAGACAUAUCUUAUGAUGAUUCGUGUUCUCUCUAAAGAGUGCCAUAAUACGCUGCUAUGUCAUAGACUGGAAAGAUUUCCUUUAACCUUUGAAUUUUUUUUUGUUGUCCGUUGUUCUCUCUAUUUGUACUGUAAUGAAUUGCACAACAAUAAAUGUUUUGUCUUUGUGUC